UAUAUGUGCAAAAAGAACGCGGCGCCCGACAUCGAUCGAAAAUGUCCUUUCGUCUGCUGACCACCCGUCUGUACAAACAUGGUCGCCUGCUGGUCCAGAACUAUCUCAAGCGGGAUAUACACGUUAGCAACGCAUGGUCAAACCCUACGGAGAGUACAAAAGUGAGCAAAAUUAACGACACGCUGCGACAUGAUCUGCGGAUCAACGAGUUCCGGAGCAACAGCUUCCUGCGGUUCGGUAACCAGGCGCGCCGUCUCUUUAUCGACAAUGUGCUUAGCAGGGUGACCAACCCGUACUCGGCGGAUUUACGCCUGCAAGCCACCAAGAAACUAUUGUAUGGCGAUUCCACCCCUUUCUUUGCACUGGUCGGUGUAAGUCUGGCCUCGGGAGAUGGCGUACUGACAAAGAACGAUGAGCUGGAAGCUGUUUGUUGGGAGAUAAGGCAUGCCAUGUCCAACUUUCAGGAGAAAGUCGGUGAGAAGGAUAUCGAGACGCGUUUGGAUGAAGAGUUCGGAAUAGAAAAUCUAAACAUUGGCAAACAUAUCGCUAAAGGCUGUUCGGCCGUUGUUUACGCCGCUUCUCUUAAAGAACCGACGAUAAACAAUGUGAAUUCAGCUACCUAUUCCGAUAGCAUCCAUAACAAUUCUUCCUCCACGGCGCAGAAGGAACCACCGGAAGGAUGGACGGAAGAGGAGCCAAAUUUCGCCGCCCAGUGGAGCAAUGGCAAUAAUCCUCUAUUGCUGCCGGAAAGAACUGCAUCGACUGUUUUGCGUCAGUUGAUAAAUAAUAACGACGAUCAAACAGGAGCAAAUAACAAUCGCCGAGUACGCUUUAACAGUGAGGCUAGAGUAAGAACGAUGUCGGAAAACAGUGCUGCAUCGGGCCAUGAGAACAGGGGCGAUUAUUUACAUGAAACGAGCGAGAAAGAGUACAACAUCGAGCAAUACCCGUUGGCGCUGAAGAUGAUGUUUAACUAUGAUAUACAAAGCAAUGCGAUGGCCAUUCUGAAGGCGAUGUACCGUGAAACGGUCCCUGCAAAGAGGCGAACCAUCGAAAGUGCAUGGGAAAGGAGCCUUAUGGAAAAAACCAACUUUCUUCCACCGCAUCCUAACAUCGUGGAAAUGUACGGUGUUUUCUGUGACCAGGUACCGGAUUUGUCAAUGUCCGCCACGCUCUAUCCGAUGGCCCUGCCACAGCGCCUAAACCCGGAAGGUUACGGACGAAACAUGAGUCUGUUUCUGUUGAUGAAGCGAUACGACACCAACCUGAAAGAGUACCUUCAGCAACCCGGCGUAGACAUGCGUACACGCAUACUACUGUUUGCACAGCUGCUAGAAGCAGUCGCCCACUUGAACCGUCACGGUGUUUCGCAUCGGGACAUUAAGUCGGACAACAUUCUCAUCGAACUGCGCCCCAACAUGCCACCGACGCUGGUUUUGACCGAUUUCGGAUGUUGCAUUGCAGACAAGCGGCAUGGGCUGCGCAUCCCUUAUACGUCGAACGAGAUUGAUAAGGGUGGCAAUAUGGCGUUGAUGGCACCGGAAAUUAUUGAACAGCUGCCGGGUACGUUCGCAAUACUGAACUACAGCAAGGCGGACCUGUGGGCUUGCGGUGCGAUUGCUUACGAAAUUUUUGGCAGCAAUAAUCCGUUCUAUUCCGAUGUGUAUUCGGCUCUUAAAAAUACAUCGUAUGAGGAGCAUAUGUUACCAGCGAUGGAUCAAAAUGUUCCCCAAUUGAUCCAGUGUCUUGUGCAGAACAUUCUGCAGCGGAACCCCAACAAACGCCUAAGCCCAGAUAUAGCAGCGAACGUAAUGCAACUGUUUCUUUGGUCACCAUCGUCCUGGUUGCGUGAUCGCUACGUACCGUCCAGCAACGAAAUUUUACAAUGGUUGCUAAGUCUCACGACGAAAAUUCUGUGCGAAGGUCCACUUCGAGUCACACCCGAUGGUACGAUGGGCCGCCGAACGUACACGGAGUACUUACUGAUUGCAAGCUUUCUUACCCGGGUGCGCUUGGAACGGAUCAAGCGCGCACUCGAUUGGAUACAUACGGUUAAUGUUGACUGUUCGUAAGAGUUGUGAUAACGCUAUGCUGUGAGUAUAUAAAGGAA